GUGUAUAAAAGGUGUCCGGGUCCUCUGUUCCUUCAUACUUUAUAAAUUACAAGCCUGCGAGUCUAUCAUCCUUCCAUCUAUUCACUCGCUAUGUAUCCGAUCGACCUGCUCCAAUCUCCAUUCUAUCUCUUUAACAAUGUUGUCUCGGUGCUCAACUCUGCUCUGCUCAGCAGGAAAGUGGCACCGGGUGCACAACCAACUCUUGCGGAUUUUGACGUGAAUAUCCAGACGAACACUGGGUUUCUCCCUGAAAGACCCCUCCCGCGGCUCCCUGAAGCUUACAGCUCAUGGGAGAACGCGCUGACCCGUGCUCAGGAAGUACUGAUACUGGGGGAAAACAUAAUGGAGGAAGACACCCAGAGUCGAGCUGAUGGUGAACUCUGGAGAUUAAGAAUACGGGAGCUCCCCGUGAUCAGCAUCAAUGAUCUAAACACAGACAAGCAACUGUUACGUCGCGCUCACAAAGUGCUCGCCUUUCUUGUCCAUUUCUAUGUCCAUUCCAUGCCGCCGGACCAAACGGCCGGUUCGGUAAUUAUCCCCCGAUCUCUUGCAACUCCGUUACUCCAAGUAUCUGCAAUCUUGCGAAUGGCGCCGGUACUUACAUUCGCCGACACUGUCCUCUGGAACUGGGAUCUCAUAAACCCAGAACUUCCUGUGACGCCAGAAAAUAUGCGUUUCGGCGUUGAGCUCUUCUCUGGCACAGAGGACGAGCGUAAUUUCUGGUUCGGGAACGCGAGAGUUGAGAUGCUUGGUGUGGAGAUACUCCAACUUUUCAACGAGUACCACAGUCUUCCCAAUGUUUCCGACUUUGCGUCCGUCUGCAAAAUCAACAGGCUCUUGACCCGCAUUUCGGCAGUUGUCCGCCGCAUUGAAGAAGUCAUGGCGUCCAUGCGAGAGCUUGUGGAUCCCUCCAUAUUUUUCUGGCAGGUGCGGCCAUGGUUCAAUGGAAGUGCUAGUGGACCCUCCAAACCAUCUUGGGUGUUUGAAGAUGGUCCUGACUCUUCUACACUCGACCUCAGCGGUCCAUCAGCCGGUCAAAGUAGUGUCAUGCAUGCACUUGACAUUUUCCUGGAUAUCGACUUCAAACUGCAGCAGCGUCGGUGUCCUGCCCCAUCAGACGCAAAUAAGCGCGCGGAUGUUGGUUUCAUGGAGAGGAUGAGGCGGUAUAUGCCAGGUCUACACAGGGAUUAUCUUUCGUAUCUUGCAAACACCUCUCGCCCGGUCCGGGAACUCGCGAAAAGCACACCUGCUGUGAAGGAGGCGUAUAAUGCUGCUGUAUCGGCUGUCAGGAAGCUCCGGGACUCGCACAUACGGAUCGCAUGCCUAUAUGUCGUGUCUAUGUCGCGGUCGACGGCGAUACCGGCCGGGUGCCCAGUAUUUGCGAUGAUGCGGAGAAUGGAGAGACAGCAGAAUCAAGGACGCUCCACUGGCACAGGAGGGAACGAGUUAUCGUUGUUGCUAAAGUCUAAUCGUGACGCUACAGCACGAGCUGCUAUAAAAAGCAGCUGAUGAAGGGAUCAAAGUGGCAUGGAUGGACAGCACGUACUUUAUAAUAAUUAAUCACCACUAUUUUCAGCCGCAACCACUAUUCUAUUAUCCGCAAUGAGCAGCGGUCAGAUAUUUAUUGGCCGAGUUACUGAUACUGUUGACCUGUGUAGCCCUAGUAGACGCGCUUUUAGCAUGUCAGUCACAUUGUAAUACCUUACCAGCGUCGUAUAUUUAUUACUGAUACAAUAGUCGAAAAGUAGUCAUGACUUGCAAUGACACUGUAGUUUUUCUUGACAAACAAAUCUGUUCCAAGGGGAUAGCGGAUUCUGCCAAGACCAUUCGAUUCGGAGUAUAUACUUGGAAAGCCGGAUAACCGUGCAGCACGCGUUCAAAGGACUUGGAAGAACCUCCCGAAUUAUCGGAUUAUGCCAAGUGUAAUUAGUGUCGUAUUUCGGCCAUUAUAAUGAAUCUAAACGUCUUAGUCUGAGCCUUGAGGAUAUUCUGUU